GUGCAAACACGCAGAAGGAAAUUACUACCAUCUCCUAUAAAUUCACCGUGAACACAAAAUUCAGUUUUGUGUAAAAUCAAGAAACUAGAAUAAUCUACCUCGCUUUUAUUAGGAAACCCUAACUCUAGUUUUGCUAUUUCAACAGUAUUCGAUUUUGAUUUUUGCUCUUAUCUGUUCUUGAUUUCGCGGCUUCAAAUCUUGAAGACAGUUCAACACAACUUUGUGGUUGUAUCAAAGUUUUGCGUUUUGCUGGAAAAGUCAUUGUAUUGAUCGUGGAUAUUACUUCUUCGAUCGCUAAUUAAUCAGUUUAUGAAGAUUUUGGUCGGCGGCGAUUCUUUUAAUUGAAAUAUAGUAUUUUGGGGUUUCGACAUCUUUCUGUUCAAUCUGCCAUCAUUUCAUUAAAUCGAUUAAAUCGACUGCGAAUUUGUCGUUUCCUGUACGCGAGAAAGAGGUUUCCUCGGAUAAUCUGAGAUUUUGAAGGCUUCGGUAUCUUAUUGAAGAAAGUAUUAAUUUUUCUUUGAGCAACGCGUGAAGAAGACUCAGCGGGAUCGGUUGCGCGAAUCGAUUGGUUCGAUCUUUCAUUUGUUAUUUUGAAGAAAAUCAGAGAAAGAUUAUCAAAAGAGAGAGUUUUCCUUUUGUACUUUUUCAUAAAUUUUUUGUUUGUUCGAGUUUUAACUUCAGUUGUAUAUCAGGCCCUUUUAAUUUUAAGGCCUUUGAUUAUAUUGUUCUAUUAGUAUUUACUUUUAUUUUUUUCCGAUAUAUUCUAUUCCAAUAUUUUAUCAAAUCAGAAAAAAGGAAUGGCUGUUUAUUACAAGUUUAAGAGUGCAAAGGAUUAUGAUUCUAUCGCAAUGGAUGGUCCAUUUAUAUCAGUCGGUACUUUGAAAGAAACAAUUUUUGAAUCAAAGCAUUUAGGCAGGGGUACCGACUUCGACCUCUUGGUCACUAAUGCCCAAACUAACGAAGAAUAUCUUGAUGAGGCAAUGUUAAUUCCAAAAAAUACUUCUGUGUUAAUUCGUCGGGUUCCUGGAUGGCCUCGCAUGCCUAUUGUUAUCGAGCCAGAGCCUAAGGUGGAACUAGUGGUUGAGGACACUCAACCACAAAAGAGUAGCUUUCAGGCUGCUGAUUCUUCUGUCAUGAUAUAUAAUGAGGACACUGAAUGGGACAAGUUUGGGAAUGAUUUGUAUGCAAUUCCUGAAGCACCAUCUGUGCAGUCAAGUUUUCCACAUCCAGAUGCUCAACCAGCAAAUAAAGCUGAUGAGGACAGCAAGAUCAAGGCUUUAAUUGAUACUCCUGCCUUAGACUGGCAGCAGCAAGGUUCCGAUGGUUUUGGCCCUGGUAGAGGCUUUGGAAGGGGUAUGGGAGGAAGGAUUGGUGGACGUAGUUUUGGUUUGGAGCAUAAAACACCUCCACAGGGCUAUGUAUGUCAUAGGUGUAAGGUUCCAGGACAUUUUAUUCAGCAUUGCCCUACUAAUGGUGACCCAAAGUAUGAUGUCAAAAGAUUUAAACAUCCUACUGGUAUUCCAAAAUCGAUGCUAAUUGCUACUCCAGAUGGUUCAUAUGCCUUGCCAAGUGGUGCAGUUGCUGUUUUGAAGCCAAAUGAGGCUGCUUUUGAGAAAGAAAUAGAGGGCUUACCUUCCACACGUCCUGUUGGUGAUCUUCCCCCAGAACUCCACUGUCCAUUGUGCAAGGAAGUGAUGAAAGAUGCUGUGUUAACAAGCAAAUGUUGUUUCAAGAGUUUUUGUGAUAGAUGCAUUAGGGACCACAUUAUUUCAAAGGCAAUGUGUGUAUGUGGGGCCACAAAUAUUCUCGCAGAUGAUCUUCUGCCAAACAAGACACUUACAGACACGAUAAAUCGUCUUUUGGAGUCUGGUAACAGUAGUGCUGAAAAUGCUGGAAGUACUUUUCAAGUUCAAGAUAUGGAAUCUGCCAGAUUGCAGCCUAAGGUUCCAUCUCCUACUAUGUCUGCUACUUCAAAAGGAGAGCAAAAGCCAUUGCCUAUCAAAGAAGAAAUUCUCAUGCCGGAGACAACGGACGAGGGAAAAGAUGUUAUUGCUCCACAGCAGGUUAUGGAAAAGCUGAGGGCAGUAGCCAAAACACCUGAUGUGUCUGAAGCCACGCCAGCAUCACAGGGGAGUGCCCCACUGGUGGAGGAGGAAGUUCAGCAGAAGAUCGCUUCUGGGGAGGCAGGAAAGAAAAAGAAAAAGAAGGUGGUUCGUAUGCCUGUUAAUGGCAUGCCUCCAAAUGACUUGCAGUGGAACACCCGUCAAGAUCUUGCAGCUGAGAGUUAUAUGAUGCCUUGUGGCCCCUCAGCUUAUAAUCCUUACUGGACUGGCAUUCAACCUGGAAUUGAAGGAUAUGGAGCUCUGUUUGGUGAUGGCAUGCCCUAUAUGGGUUAUGGUAUUGGCCCCUUAGACAAGCCGUUCGGAGGUGUCAUGCCUCAGGACCCUUUGAUGCAAGGUUAUACAUUACCCGUUGUUCCUCCUCAGAGGGAUCAAGCAAAUUUUGGCAUGGGCAUGAAUGCUCCACACCCUGUAAUGAGCAGAGAGGACUUUGAAGCACGAAAAGCUGAUUUAAGGAGGAAGCGUGAAAAUGAGAGACAAAGUGAAAGGGAGUUAUCUAGAGAUCGAGACUAUGCUAGGGAAGUGAGCAGCAGUGCCUAUGUUUCUUCAAUGAAACCAAAAUCUAAAUCAAAUCCUCAAUCUUCAAGCGCGGAUCACAACUACCACUACCAGAGGCCCCGAAAGUUCUCUCCAGAAGCACCUCUACCUCUUCCUCCAUGCCCAUCCAAGAGAAAGUCUGAGCACCAUUGUGACUAUGAUUAUGAUUACCACUAUGAACGUGAAGGACACCAUCAUCAUCAGCCUUACCAAUCAGAGUCCCCUUCAAAGCAUUCCUCAGAAAUAGUCUUCAAAUCCAUGGCUGAGAAAAAACACAAAUUAAGUGCCUUUUCUCGCAUUAGUUUCCAUGAAGGGGAAGCUACCAAGACAAAGACACGAAAGAGUUCUUCCUCUUUCUCAGCAGUAGCAGCAGUAACAAAGGAAGCCAAACCGUCAUCAAAUGGAUAUCAUGAAGAUUACAAGUCAUCCUCUGCCAAGCUGCCUAACUGUGUUGGGGGUGUGGAUUACGAGUGGAGUGAUGAUGACAAACAUUUCAAGAGGAAACCUUCAAGAUACGAGGCAUCGCCUCAACCAUCACAAGCUGUGAAGGAGGAGUCUCGGCACUCGAGAGGCUCCACCAGGGAACAUAAGCAUAGAUAGGUUCUAAGAGAGAUGCAGAUUUUUCCUUCUAGUGGGACGUAGUCUCCCUCUGAUUCCUUAUUUAUUUUAACAAUUUUCUUAUUUAACAAAAUUUGGUUAAAUAUUAGUCCUAAAGUUUGUAACAAAAUUCUUUCCAAAACUUUAAAUAAGUUUACUUAA